GAAAAUGCCUCUCUUAUCAACUUUCCCAAGAACCUUCAGUCCCUCCGCAACAAUAAACGCUAAUGCUGUGUUUCAGCCCUCCUUCUCCCAAAACCCUAUCCCUACCUCUUGUUUUCCCUCAUUCUCCAUCUUCUCUUCUCCUCUAUGCCCCAACAUUACCCUGAAACGUCUUCCUCUAUUCACUGUCUCAGCAACCUCAUACCCAAACCAAGACCCUAAUUCCAAGCCUAAGACUAAACGUGGCCGUCCAAAACACAAAAUUCCGGAUGACCCAGUUGAGAAUUCCAGUGAAAUCAUCCCUACAACGAAGCCUCGCAAGCCGAGGCGUGGCAGGAGGAGCGAAGCAUCUGCAGUUGAGGAUUUCGUUCGUGACUCACUGGAACAAACUUUUGCGUCCAUCAGACAUCAGAAUUCUGAAGCUUUGGGCGAUAAGAAAGUUUUGAAGGAUAGGGUAGAAAAUGAUGAGGAUGAUAGGAAUGAGGAUGAGGAUGAGGAUGAGGAUGCAGGUGUAAGCGGGAAGAUGGGGGUUGUUGAAGAAGACAACCCAGAUUGGCCGUUGGAUGCGGAUGUUGGGUGGGGAAUUCGGGCUUCGGAGUACUUUGAGAAGCAUCCGAUUAGGAAUGUGGUUGCAGAGGAUGGUGUUGAGAUUGAUUGGGAAGGAGAGAUUGAUGAUAACUGGGUAAAAGAGAUAAAUUGUUUGGAAUGGGAAAGCUUUGCCUUCCAUCCUAGCCCUCUGAUUGUUCUCGUUUUCGAAAGAUACAACAGGGCGACAGAAAAUUGGAAGCUCUUGAAGGAGCUGGAGAAUGCAAUCAAGGUCUAUUGGGAAGCAAAAGACCGAUUACCUCCUCGGGCAGUUAAGAUCGAUAUCAACAUUGAGAGAGACUUAGCUUAUGCCCUAAGAGUUAGAGAAUGUCCACAACUAUUAUUCCUACGAGGAAACAAAAUCUUAUACCGCGAGAAAGAUAUUCGAACAGCAGAUGAGUUGGUUCAGUUGAUUGCACAUUUCUACUAUAAUGCAAAGAAGCCUUCAUGGAUAGUUGAUGCAUCUUUAUCUCCACCAUAUUAGUUUUUCUCACGGUCCUUGUUAAUAUGCCUCUGAUAGUUGAUAAUCAGGUUUUGGGCUGUGAUG